AUGGUACAUCUAUCAUUAUCAUUGGAUUAUCAGCCAGCUCAGAGCAUGAAUGUAGCAGAAGUUGACCUCACGUGCAGAGCUUUUGACAUUGUUGGAAGAGGAUGUCAUCUUGCGCUAGGUUUUGGUGUUGACCCAAUCACUGAUGAUUACAAGAUUGUAAUGAUUUCCAACUCUCAAACAGAUCCGUUGGUUUACUCUCCGAAGGCAGACACUUGGUCUCUGAUUAAUUCCCCUACCGUGCCAUUAAAAAAUGUUAUGUCAAGGGCGUGUUUGGUCGAUGAAACAUUGUAUUGGGUGGUUGAAUUUAAACAAACCGGAAUAUGUAUAAUGACAUUUAAUUUGAGUACACAUGUUUGUGGCACAAUUGAGUUCCAUGGACCACGGUGUGAAACUAGAAAACUAAUGGUCGUCAAAGACUCGUUAGCUGUCCUUUAUACAACAAGUUCUAAUUACUGGAUUUGGGUGAGAAGGGAGAGAAAUAACAGUACUUGUUGGUCUAAGGUUGUUAGAUCGAUAACCUGGUCAUUUGAUCAACGAGUAGGUCGAGUUUUGGAACUGACAGAUGGUGAUUUCUUGCUUCACAAAUACGAAUUAGGGCUCACUGUUUAUAAUCCAGAAAGAGGAGACAGCCCAUUUCCCUCCAGUUAUAUUUCUGACAUUAUUGACAUGGAAACAUAUGCCGAAAGCCUAGCAUUGCUAGACAGAGGAGUUGUUUGCAAAGGAAACCAGCAAUCUUGUGAUAUAGAAGCAAAAACAAAUGGCAGAAAUAGAAAAAGAAAAAUACACAAGUACUAG